AUGAAGAGACUUUUGUUGCUGGUCGCGAUUGUCGCCCUCGUGGUUGCUGACGACGACAAUGACGCAACUGAAGGCGUCGAGGGUCGUUCCAGAAGCAAAGCUGAGUCGGGCAAGAAGGAAUCACGAUUCCUUGGAGGAUUGGGAGGUUUUGGCCCCGUUGGAGGAUUGGGAGGAGGAUUUGGAUUGGAUGGCGGUCUUGGAGGAUUGGGAGGAGGAUUUGGAGUUGACCCAGCACUUGCAGGAGGAUUUGCGUUCGGAGGAGUAAAUCCUGCAUUUAGUCCUGUGGCUCCUCCCUCCACAUGCCGCUACUGGUGCAGGACACCCGAGGGUCAGGCCUACUGCUGUGAGAACAUCAACCAGCCACAGAGUGCUGCUGGUGUAGUCAAACCGGGAUUCUGUCCCCCCGUUCGCCCAGUGUGUCCUCUUAGGAGCUUCCAGCCACCUUUCACUUGCUCUAACGACGGCGCUUGCGGAGGCAUCGACAAGUGCUGCUUCGACAGAUGUCUCGGCGAGCACGUGUGCAAGGCUCCUCUGGGCAUUGGGCGAUAG